AUGACUCAGGUCUUCUCUAUCAUCAUCAAGGAAGGUGUACUCGCUGCCGGCUCUCUUUGGCAAGAGAUUGUUUACUACUUUGCUGAGCUCGGCCUUCACCCCAGCUACUUCAAGCACUUCACCAGUGCUCAGAUUGCCAGACACCUUCAUUGCCUUAUCGCUGCUAAGAAGGUUGCUCAGGCUACUGAGUCUGACUAUAUCCAUUUCGAGAUUGAGGAUGCGGAUUCGGCUUUCUAUCUCACCACUAUGGAGCCUGAGAAGGUCGCCAUCACUGAUGCCAAGGUUGCCGAGUACAUCAACACUGCUCAGGAUUGUGGCUUCUCGGUCACCUUCCUCAAGUCUGAGAAGCCUCCCAUGCCUGAAGGAAAGUUCCCUCUUGGCGUCUUUGUUGUUGAUAAACAACAGUUUGACUCCAGUGUCAAGUUCGAGGACAUGAUGGAUGAGACCGAUCUCCAGCUUGUGGCUACCCCUCGAUUCCUUCAGGAGAGAUCCGUUGAAGUACAGAAGCUUUACCAGACUCUCAUUGACGAGACCAUGGCUACUCGAAACACUGUUGUUAAGGUGUUCGAUGCUCCUACUAACUUGGCUCAGAAGUCCGGCGCCCAAGUGUUGCAGCUUGCUGCCUUCGAUGUGGAUCGUAAGGGAAGUGCUUACAUCUCUGAGAUCAACGAAUGCUUCCGUUCCCAUAAUGUCGAGCCUAAGAGUUCUAUGUAG